GGCGGCGGGCCAUGGCCUCCCGGGACCGCGUGACUCAAGCCAAGUCGCGGGCGGAGAGGUCCCGCCCCCCCACCGUGCCGGCCCCCCAGGUGGAGAUCGUCCCCGGGCGCCUCUCGGAAGGAGAGUGGCUCUCCCUGCUGGGCAGCGAGGAGGCCGAGGACAGCGUCGGGGACUUCCUGGCCGGGCUGCUGGACCAGGUCCUGGAUGAGUGCUACAAGAUCUACCUGGACCGCCAGUGCAUCCCCUACGUCAUCAACCAGGCACGGGAAGCCAUGCUUCAGAUCCUUGAAUGGCGCUUCCUGGUGCGGGACGAAGGCGAGGCAGAUGUGCCGGCAGACCCUUCCUGGCAGGAGGAUGAGGAACCAGUGCCUUGCACCACAGACUCCUGGGCCCAGGGCUCUGUGCCUGUCUUGCCAGCCAGGCCACCUCUGGAGGAGGCUGAGGUCCCUUUAGCUGGAUUUCCAGAGGAAAUGCCUGCCUCCGAAGAGGCCCUGAGGGACGUUGCUGGUGCUGCUCAGGUGCCUCAGGGAUCCCUCCUGAUGGAGGAGGAAGUGGAAGGAUGGACGGCCCAGCUGUCUUUGCUGGAGAUCAAGCACGGGGAGUCAUCCCACAGCAGCCAAGGGAUCCUCAUCCCCCAAACUGAGUCCCCACCUGGGAGGGCCGCCCUCACCCCUCCCCGGGGACCUUCCGAGGCCCGGCUUCCCUGCCCGCAGCCCUUGCACUCCACCCGGUUUCAGCAUGUGGUGCAGCCCCUGGACCAUUCGGAGAAGGAGCUGCUGCUGCGGGAACUCUCCCAGGUCCCUGUGGAGGAGGGGCCCCCCCUCCUGCCUUCCUCGUUCAGCAACCUGCUGCGGAUCCAGCUGGGGCGGCCCCCCAACAUCAAGGCGGUUUUCUAUGAUGAAUCCGGCAACAUCACCCUCGUGCCUCGGUUGGACCCAGCAUGCCUGCCCAAGCGCUGGAUCAAGCCCUCCGUGGAGGUCUUGGACCCGGACGUGGAGUCCCGCCGCCAAAAGGCUCUGAAGACAGUCUCGGGACGCUGCCACCCCCUGAAGCUCCCCCGGGGCAGGGUUGAGAUCCGUGAGCCGAGCGGCGGCGGUGGCCAGCUGCCCGGGGCUCCUCAGGUGCUGUUGUGGGACGGUGCAGCCACCGUCAUGCAGAAGAGGCCGUCGGAGCAGGCCCCCUUCCCUCUGCAGCCCCCACCCGGAAGGGCCCUGGAGCCCACGAGCCUCAUCUUUGUGAAGCCCACCCUGCUGACGGAGAGUGUCGAGCCAGCCCCCGGAGUGACCAUCCGUCCCGGGGGCCGCACAGCCAAGCGUCUUCAGCCCACUGCGGCCCCCCUUCCAGAGAAGGAAGCUGAGGCAGCGGAGGUGCCUAGAGAUCUCCACCCCCUGCACCCGCAAGUGCCUUUCCCCCCGGCAGCUCCCGUGGGGCACCUUGUCCAGCAGCCGAGGCCUCUGCCGCGCUUGCGCCCUGGCGCCGUGCUGUGAGCAGGGGCGAUGGCCAGAACGUGGAGGAGCUUUCUGCCCCACCAGGAGCAAACCCCAUAACCCAGUGGGUUCAUAAUAAAAAGGCCUUUCACUCCAUCCUCCCUCUUUUCAGCU